AUGGAAAACUUCAAAAAUAAUGAAUUGGAAAGUUCCCCGAUUAUAAAUAAAAAUAAUUCAAGUCAUUCAAUUAAUAAUGAAGAUAAUAAUUACUAUAGUCAUAAUUUAGAACAUAAUGAUAAUAAUAAUAAUGAUAAUAAUAAUACUAUUACAAAUAGCCAUAUAAAUAAUCACGAUCAUAAACAUAAUCAUGAACACGAACAUAAACAUAAACAUAAUCACGAUCAUAAUCAUGACCAUGACCAUAACCAUGAAGAAGAAUAUGGACAUGGAAAUGAACUGGAACACAACAAUGACCAAGAACAUAAUGUUGGUAAUAAAAAUUUAUUAACAAAUAAUAAUAAUCAAAGUAAAAAGAAAAAACAUGGACAUUCACAUGGAGGUGGUGAAGAUGGUAGUAGUAGUGGUGGUGGUGGUGGUCGACAUGGACAUGGACAUUCACAUGGUGGUGGUAGUGGUAGUGAUCAUAAUCAUGGAUCAUCAGAUGAAGACGAUGAAGAAAGUAAACCAUUAAAUCAAUUAAGAAAUUUAGAUAGUAAAAAGAAAGCAAGAUAUUCAUUGAUAUUAGCAUUAACAUUGACAACAAUAUUUAUGGUUGGUGAAAUUGUAGGUGGUUAUUUUGCAAAUUCAUUGGCAAUUAUGACGGAUGCAGCUCAUUUGUUAACGGAUAUUGGUGCAAUGUUUUUAUCAUUAUUUGCAAUGUGGAUUAGUCAACAUCCACCAACAAGUUCAAUGAGUUUUGGAUUUCAUCGUGCAGAAAUCCUUGGUGCAUUAGUAUCGGUAUUGAUGAUUUGGGCAUUAACAGGUGUAUUGGUUUAUGAAGCAAUUCAAAGAAUUUUAUAUCCACCCGAUGCUGUAGAUGGAAAGAUUAUGUUUAUCAUUGCAUCAUGUGGUUUAUUUAUCAACAUUAUAGAUGCCAUCAUUUUACAUUGGGGUUCGGGCGGUCAUGGCCAUUCCCAUGGUGGUGGCCAUGGUCAUUCUCAUGGCAUUGGCGGAGGAACUCAAAAAAAGAAGAGUAAAAAGAAUAGAUUAUUAAAUAAUCAAGGUCAAGAUAUAGAAGAUUUAGGUGGUGAAAAUGGUAAAAACAAAAAAGGUGUAAGAAAUAUCAAUGUCCAUUCAGCAUAUAUUCAUGUAUUGGGUGACUGUUUUCAAAGUAUUGGUGUCAUGGUGGCAAGUUGUAUCAUUUGGGUUCACCCUCAUUGGAAGAUUGCAGAUCCAAUCACUACAUUGAUUUUCUCUGUAAUUGUAUUGGGAACAACUAUUAAAUUGUUACGUGAAAGUUUAGGUGUACUCAUGGAGGGUGUACCACCAGAAAUUGACGUUUCAGAAGUUAAAGGUGAUCUCUCAGAGAUUGAAGGUGUAACAGAGGUACAUGACCUUCAUAUUUGGUCAAUCACUCUUGGUAGACCAGCUCUAAGCGUUCAUUUAACAAUCUUACCAACAAUAGAUCCCGAAGAAAUCUUAUCAAUUGCAAAUAAAAUCUUAUUAGAAGAUUAUGAAAUUAAUCAUACAACAAUUCAAAUUGAAAAACCAUUAGUUAAAGAUAAAUGUAAAGAUCAUAGUUGUCCACCUCCAAAACCAAAAAAGAAAAAAAUUAAAAAUGAUAAUUUAAGUUCACCUCCAAAUCAAUAA